UUCUUGGCCGUGCAAUCUGAACAUCCUGGUCUCUCCGAUCAACCAGUACGAAAGCUCAUCUAUCUGUCUCUAGAUAGAAAAAGAAAGCUUAGACCCUGCGUCCCCAUUAGGGCAUUGUUCAACCGGUGCUUUAGUGUCAGCUACUGCGUCUUCCCACUAUGUUCCGCUCUAAUUACUACGAGGAUGAUCCCAUGGAUGGCGUCUUCAGCUCCUCCAUGCUCCGCCACGGAGGUGCAACCCGCCGUUUCGACGAGUAUUACCGCUGCUACCCCGUCGCCAUGAUGCCUGGCCCAGAGAGAGAGAACGUCAACCACGGCGGUAAAGUCAUCAUGCCACCCAGUGCUUUGGACAAAUUAACUCGGCUACAUAUCACAUACCCUAUGCUCUUCGAGCUGCAUAAUGGUGCACGAGAAAGAUUGACCCAUGCGGGUGUGUUGGAGUUCAUCGCUGAGGAGGGGAAAAUCUAUUUGCCAUUUUGGCUCAUGCAAACCCUCCUCCUCGAACCGGGUGACCUAGUACAAGUCAAAUCGACCGAUCUUCCUCCGGGCCAGUUCAUCAAACUUCAAGCCCAAUCAACGUCAUUUCUAGAUAUAAGUGAUCCUAAGGCUGUGCUUGAGAAUGCAUUCCGCAACUUUUCAUGUCUGACAAAGGGUGAUGUCUUCACAUUUGCCUACAAUGAUCAAGUUUAUGAGAUGGCGGUUUUGGAAACCAAGCCAGCCACCAAUUCAAACGCCAUUUCCGUCCUCGAAACAGAUCUGGAAGUCGAUUUUGCCCCUCCUGUAGGAUAUGAGGAACCCAAACGUCCAAGUGGUACUAGUACUCCCCGCAGUGGCGUAAGCGCAACCAAGCUUCCGUCUGGCGGAUUACUUCACCCCCAUGGAACCAUGGCUCAAUCAAUUAACUAUGCCGCCAUUGCACCUGAAUCUACCGAUGCCGCAGCGGGAGCAAAAGCGGUGUCGUCAAACUUUCUUAUCGGUGGACAGCGCUUGAAUGCGAAGAAGGGAAGUAAGGCUCCAACCCCAAAGGCCUCAACUCCAACACCCGGUGCCACAAACCCCCAACACCCUCCACCUGUCAGGCGGACCAACGGGCCAAUGCCGCUACGGCUCCCGCCUAAUCAGCUAUUCUUUGGAUAUGCAAUCAAGCCCGUGAAGAAGCGUGACGAAAGCGGCCAGGUUGUCGAGGGCGAGAAGCCCCGCUUUCAGGGAAGUGGUCAAACGUUAAGAGGGAAAAAGAAGGACACCGGAGGCUCUGCAACGCCCACUUAAUGCAGCGCUUGAGGAGGAGGCUUAAAGUCCAGGGAAAAAGUGACGUUGGUGCAUAGUGCCGUCAGGAGAUCAUGUGCUAAGAGAAACCUUGAAAUACUGGCGCACUACCUGGUUAUUUCUUUCGAUGUUUCUAUUCCUUUGUCUCAGAAUACUAUGAGCAAAACAAGGAUGGCUUGAUUAUAGAGCAUAGCGUGGUAUGGGCUGGCGUUAAAUACGGAAUCACUUUUAUCUCAACAACGGUAGGGUUGAGUGAGAUCUUUGACCCAAGUCUGUUAAGCACGCUGUGGAUACGAAGGAGUAGAACCUAGAAAGACCCCUUAAAAUGAGAAGGGCGGCUCCACCCUAGGAACCACAAGAGAUCACAAUAAAAUGCCGAGGACCGUGAUUUAGUGCUCCUCUAGUGUCUGAUCUAUCGACUCCUUAUCGACUCCUUAUCGAUUUCUUGUCAACUUCCCCCUCCUAUUUUAAUAUAGAUAGGAAGUUUAAUUCUCCUUUAAAUUCUCUUCGCCGGUUCUUCCCCUUAUUCGCGCCGUUCAGUAGACAUAGAACACACCCGAAGUCAAGCUCACAACCUCAACAAACCAAAGCACGACCAAGAUGUCGCAACUCAAUACCCGAGAAAACCCCCUAUCCGCAUACACCAAACUAUCCCCUUCAAUCUAUAUCCAAGAACCCCAGUCGCAAUCUGCAAAUAAU